AUGAAGUUCGCCAUCACAGCAAUUGUUUUAUUCUUAUUUCUAGCUGACUUUGGUAGAGCCCAACCUGGGGUCUUUGACAUAUCAAAAUUUGGCGGAGCACCAAAUGCAGAUAUAACUUCGGCAUUCUUAAGUGCUUGGAAAGAAGCAUGUGCAUCAACAACUCCAGCCAAAAUUGUGAUUCCUGCUGGUACAUACAAGAUGAACGCCGUUGAUGUCAAAGGUCCUUGCAAGGCUCCUAUUGAAGUUCGAGUUGAUGGCACAAUUCAAGCACCUCCAAACCCUGAUGACCUCAAGGGGGCCGAUCAAUGGAUCAAGUUUGGAUAUGUUGACUUUUUCACCUUAUCAGGCAAUGGAAUUUUCGAUGGUCAAGGUACAACUGCUUGGAAGCAAAAUGAUUGUGCGUCAGACACUAAUUGCAAGAAGCUUUCAAUGAAUUUUGGUUUUAAUUUUCUCAAACAUUCAGUUGUCCGAGACAUUACAACUAAGGACAGCAAAUACUUUCAUGUGAAUGUUUUGGGAUGCAACAAUUUUACAUUUGAUGGCUUCAAAGUUACGGCCCCUGCAGAGAGCUUUAACACUGAUGGAAUCCACAUUGGAAGAUCAAUUGAUGUGAAGGUUCUUAACACAAACAUUGGUACCGGAGACGACUGCAUCUCAUUGGGUGAUGGGAGUAAACAAAUAACUGUCCAAAAUGUGAAUUGUGGACCUGGUCAUGGUAUUAGUGUUGGAAGCCUUGGGAAGUACCCAAAUGAAGAACCCGUUGAAGGUUUACGUGUUAAGAAUUGCACUUUGACUGACACUGACAAUGGUGUUAGGAUCAAGACCUGGCCUAGCGCCCCUGGAACAUCUCAUGCCACUGAUAUGCAUUUUGAAGAUAUUACUGUUGUUAAUGUUAAGAACCCUAUCAUCAUAGACCAAGAGUACUGUCCAUGGAACACGUGCAACAAGCAGACUCCAUCAAAAGUAAAGAUAAGCAAGGUUUCCUUCAAGAACAUUAAGGGCACUUCAGGAACUCCAGAAGGGCUGAUUCUUAUUUGCAGCAGUGGUACCCCUUGUGAGGGUGUUGAGUUAAGCAAUGUUGAUCUCACGUUCAAUGGAGCCCCAGCAACCGCUAAAUGUGCCAAUGUCAAGCCCGUAAUUACGGGCAAAGCUCCUACUUGUGCAGCUUAG